UGAUACCACAUACAGUGGGAAGACGGUCCCGACUUCGCAGAGCACACACGACUCAUAUCUGAGCCUAGCGCCGGCCCACCCAUCUUCAACCCAUACCACCACAUGUACUUCUCAAAUGGCUUUGUCUACGCCGCUCCUGGCUCUAGUCCAUUUGGAGGUUCCGCGAGCGAUCAUCGUCUUGUAAUGUUUGUGGCCAACGAUACCGGUGACAGCGAUAACCACAACGAGGGUGGACAGCUUCCUGGCGAGUUUGGCGCAGGCAUCCGUAGAAGCUCCAGUGCAUUCUGGUUCAAUGCCCAUAGCGCACUAAUUGGAUGUGACGGCUUGGACACCAGUGCAGACUGUACUGUGCAGAUCACCGGCCUCGUCUACAACAACGAGACCAAGGCAGAGGUUGCAGCAUUUGAGCAGACCGUCAUGCUUCCACCAUGCUCUCCUCACACCGGAAAUCUUGCGAUGAUAAACUGCCAACUCACGGAGGUCCGUUUCGCGCAGUCGAUGCAAGGGCUGAGUGGUCUCCGCAUUCAGGCUUUCUCAAAGGCAGGUACAGCUCGUUCCUGGUUCAUGGGCGAUCUGACACUCGGCUGGAGCAACAACACUUGUGCUGCUGGUCUCCUCAGAGGCAGAAGUCAGUGAAGAAGUCAGAGCACAAGCAUGAUUGAUUGUAAUACUACCAGAUAGGCAGGCAGGACUUGUCUAAUACAUACACGAAAUGAAGGAACAAGAAUGGUUGUCAGAUGACGACGAGGUACAUAGACUCUUUACGCAAAGAAGUGAUCUGACAUGGAGG